GAUUCUAAGAAAAAUGUGUUUACAGUUAUUUUAGCCAAAUUUGAAGACAAAUCCUGAAGAUUAAAUUUACUCUUUCUUCUGGAGAAAGAGAUUUCAUUUUUUCUUUUAAUGUUGCUAAUGUAAGUCUCUUUUAUCUCAGCUCUAUUUGCUUUUGCAUGAAUGCAUGAAAUGCAUAUAUGUAUUCAGCGUAUCAUUUGGAAUUGAUGUGCAUAAAGAAACCAAAUACUUCACCUUUUCAAUAUGCUACUGAUGUAAAUGGCUUGAGGUUAGUAGGCUUUCUUUAUAUGGUAUCCAUCAAUCAAGGAGUAUUAUUUUCAAAAUUAAUAUUUUGAUUUAGCCUUUUAAUCAAUUUUUAUAAUGUAUUUUUAUAUGACAACAUCUGAAAAUAGCAGAAUUAAUGAAACAAAAUUUUCUGCUUAAAGAUUAGAGUGACUUUAUUAAGUACAUAAACUCGAGAUUUUUGCAUAACUACUUUGUCAGGGUGGUAAAUCCCGUCCAUGUAUUUUCUGUAAUAGAACAUGAAGCAUUUCAUUCAGUGUAAAUGAUUCCCUGAAAUUAUUUUAAACUAAACAUUCAGAACUGAUGUUUAAGUUUUUAUGUUUCCCUUGUAAAGAGAAACAUUGAGUCCUUUUUUGAGAGCUCUGCUUAUAGAAUUUAGCAAAUAAGCUUUAAAAUAUUUUAAGAUUUAUGAUGCUGUAAUAAGAUACUUUUUCUUAGUGGAAUGUCUUGAAGGGCAGGUAUUGCACUCCCUCAAAUUAUCACAGUCUUUUCAGUGCUGUAUGAAAUUUCUGCUUUUCCUCAUCUUUAUUCUUUCCCCUUUUGUUAUUCUCACUACAGUUUAGUAUAUAUUUUUUUAAAUCCAGAUAAUUUUGUAGCAUAUAAUAUUUGCUAUCUCUACAUCACUAAGAAUGUAGAAGUAGUUGAAGUUUGUCUCUUGAACCAGCUGUGGCACUGCAGGAUUAGUGAUGGGGGAAGAAAUGCACUCAAGCACAUAAGAAAGUUGGGAGAAAGUUUCACGACGGUUUAGCUACACAUCUGUACAGUGCUCUGGUAGUGGGAUAGAUUGUGCUAUAGUCAACUACUAAACAAGAAAUCUUUGUCUACAUAUGUGGAAGGUUUAUGCUGGCUUUUAUGUGAAACUACCUGUACAAAUUUAGCCUGUCAAAAAUACUGAAUAUAUUUGAAUUGCAGAAUGAGUUUCGACUGGCUCAGUGCUUUGUAGCAUGUGGCUAUAGCACCUUUGAUUUGGGUGCAGCAAAGCCUGUACCACUGAAGCACAGUGUGAGGCUGUGCCCGCAGCAACACUGGCAGACCCUGUGCUGAGCCCCUUGCUACACCCUGCUAGUAAGGAGCUGUUCUGUGUCUGAUUUAGCCAGCCCUUAUCUUUUGGAGUGGUGCAAGGAACAAAUAUAUGAUGUGCUGGUACUGCCUGAUAUAGUUAGCUACUGUAUAUAUUGCUCCCAAAUUACUUUUCCCUAUUCAUUACUCCCUUGUACAUGUUUUGCAUUCAGGUUACUCUCUGACCUUCCCCAGCUUGGCCUGUACUAUAUUUUUCUCUGUACCAUUUCCUUUAAAGUUCCAAAUCUGCUAUUGUCUUCAUCAACCUUAUCCAGUCAUUCUUCUCUUUUAUUUAACAGCAUUUGAAAUUGUAACAACCUGGCUUUUCCCAACUGCUCACUGAGAUGGGGGCACAUGGCUACCUCUGCUGCAUGUUGCCUGGCCAUGGCCUCAGCACGACUCAGCCCCACACCUGCCUCAGUGUUCUUUCCUUGGCGCUAUUCCCGGUCUUAUUUUCUCUCUUUAAUACAUUCUCCCCACCCCUCUUCUUUUAUCUGUUCAUUGCACAUUGCUCCAUGAGGCAGAUUCCAUCAUCUAGCUCUGCACUUUAAGUGAUGCAAGGUCUUAAAAUAUGGUGAGUAUCUACAUUGGCACUGCUGUGUGUGGACAGGGAGAGUUCUGUUACUGGCAGAAAGAGUGACAUAGCAUCAGGUGCACAGACAGGAGGAGGAAAAAAAAAAAAAAGAGCAGACUUAUAUGUUUAGGUAACAGCAAACUGUCCUUAACACAGUCUUCCUUUAUGUUGAGUCUGCAGCCUGAGAGUAGUAUACAUGUGCAUGUCUCUAAAUAAUGAACUGAUCAUUUACAGCUCUCUUCUAAAAAUGAAUAAAUAAAAAUAAUACCAGCCCUAGCUUUUCCAUUUUCUUCUCUGGAAGAAGAAACUGAAAGAAAGGUGUCAUACAUCUUGACUUCACAGUAAGUCCAGAAAUCUGCUGAGAUUGCCCUGUUCCUUGGAGGCAUUUGGCAGGCCCAAUUAAGCAGCUCACAGAAUCUCCACAGUAAGUGAUAUGCAGCAGCAAUAUACCUGCACAUCUGAAGGCUUGUGUUUUUUUUUUUUUUUUUUUUUUAAUGCUAGUUCCUUCCCAUGUUUAUCUACUUGAUUUGGAAGGCAGGUGAGGAGGAGGGUCUCCCUUGUCAGCUGCAGCUCUUUGCUGUAAUGAAGGCAGCCUUCUUUCCCCAUGCUGUGUGGAGAGAUCAUCUUACAGUUCUGGAGAAGAGACUGAAACUGCCUGAGCCAAAAGCAUGGUGCUAGUCGAACAUCAUUUACUCUUCACCUUCAGUUCUGAAGGAGAAGGGCAGUUUUCUCAGAUUUAUUGAAGUUUUGUUGGUCAGUGUUUACUUGCAGUGGAAAAAUGCUUCUGUGAGCUUCCUUUCAAAAAGACAGUUCCCUAUCAGGCACUGAGCUCUCUUUCCCCUUUGCAAAUCAGAGAGAACCUCUUGUGUUUUCCACCUUCUGCUGGUGGGCCCAGCUGCUGCUGCUGCUACAGUUUUUGGGCUCUGUUUUCCAUCACCUGUGUGGCAUAUGACUCACGCCUCUUGCCCGGCAGAAAAGGCUCUGGGUGUGCUGAUUGGCAGCUGGCUGAAUGUGAGCCCACAAUGUGCCCACGUAGGUGAGUCAGCAGCAGCCUGUCUUGAGUCAGAAAGUCUGGCCAGCAGGACUGAAAAAGUGAUUGUCCCCUUGCAUGUGGCAUUGGUAAAAUCAUACCUUGAGUACUGUGUUGUUUUGGGUCCCUCAGUACAAGGACAUUGGGUUACUUGAGCGUGUACAGAGAAGAGCAACAGAACUAGUGAGAGGACUAGAAAACAAGGCAUCUGAGUGUGGCUGAGGGAUCUGAGGCUGCUUAGUCUGAAGGAGGCUAGGGGACACCUCAUCAGUCUACCUGAAAAGAAGCUGUAGUGAGGUGAGUAUUUUUCGGUUGACGAGUGAUAGCAUGUGAGGAAACAGCCUCAAGUUGUACCAGGUGAGGUUUGGAUUCAAUAUCAGGAAGGAUUUCUUCAUGGCAACAUUGGUUAGGCAUUGGAAUGGACUGCCCAAGGAGGUGGUGGAGUCCUCAUCCUGGAGGUAUUAAGAGAUGAUGUGUGGGCAUGAUGCUAAGGGACAUAGUUCAGUGCUGGGAUUCAGGUUGAUGGUUGAACUUGAUGAUUUUGAAGGUCUUUUCCAACCUAAAUGAGUCUAUGAUUUGAUGAAGGUGGCUUUGUGGCACCAUAGUUUGAUGUUGUCAUGUUUUAAAGGGGAAAAGAAAAAAAAAAGACUGGCUGUAAUGGGGAGGGUGCAUGCAUGUUGACCUUAAUCUUCAGACUCAAUAUUAGAUUUACUGAAUGUGUGCAUUCAGUUUUGCCUCAGCCCUCUUCUGGAGCUAGUUUCCUCUCGUUGUGGGGCAUAGUUCACAGAAAAUAUUGAUUCAGUAUGCAUAUAUCUCAAUAUCCAAGUAGACGACAGUGUUAUUUCUAUGUUUUCUAAUGCUGUGGUGGGUGAGGGCUCACGUCCCGCCGGCUCCUGCUCCAAUUCCGGAGGAGCAGCAAUGGGAGCUGGAGGGAAAAGCGCGGAGCCGCCCCGGUCCCGCUGCCCGCCCGCGUUGCCGUGGGAACGGAGUCGCUGCGGCGGCCGCCAUGAGCGCGUCCAGAGCCGGGUCCCACGCAGCCUCGGCCGCCCCUCGGCUCGUUCAGAUGCAAAGGCACCUCACCCCGACAGAGAGGAAAACGAAAGACGGAAAUGCUUUAUCUGCUGCUGGUAGUAGAGGCAAAGAAGGAAGAACAGAGUCCACAAAGGAGUCUUGUGAUUGCUUUCUUUUGGACAUUCCUGUCACCAGAGAUCAGAUGAACCACUAUCGAGCUGCAGCGGAGACUGCUCAGAGUGAACUAGCAGCACUAUCAGUGAAGUAUGACUGUGUCCAUUCAGAGCUUCUUGAACUCAGGUCCAGAAUGAUCUCAAAAGAAACCUCCUUUAAAGAGCUGAAGUCUGAAGCUGAAAACUACAGGGAAAACAAUGCUAGACAGGCAUCUCUCCUCUUGUCUUUGCAAACUCGAGUUCGGGAGACAGAAGAAGAGUUGAGUGUCCUUGUGGCUUCUAAAAAACAAGCUGAGCUGACAGCUCAGGCAGCAUCUAAGGAAAACUGGGAGCUGAAAGAGAAACUUCAUGAGCAAAAUGCCAGACUUAACAGAUAUUUGAAUGAAUGUGAAGAAAGCAAGACAGAAUCUUAUAAGAUGAGCAGGAAGUAUGAAGAGCUCCUCACACAGCUUUCUGAAUUCUUGGACACAGACAUCAAAGAAAAAGAGAAACCAGAGGAACACUUAAUGUUAAAGGCUUGUGAAAUAUGUAAAGAAAAUCUGGCACUAAAAGCUCAGGUUGCUGCUCUUCAAGAAGACAUCAAUGGCCAUGAAAUGGAAUCCAAGGCUAGUAGAGAAACUAUCAUGAGGCUUGUUUCAGAGGUGACCAAAGAGCAGAAAAAGGCAGCAAGAUAUUAUGAAGACAUGGAAAAACUUAGUAAGGAUCUUGACAGUGCUAAAAUGGCAAGACAGAGUUUGGAAAUGGACAUCAGAAACCUCCAAGAUAAGUUCAAGGCUAAUCAGAAAGCCUGGGAAGCCUCGAAGCAAGAACUUCAUAGUCUGAAGAAAUCUUUUAGUGAGCUGGAUGGAAGUUUGAAGAGCAGCAAAGAAGAAGCCAGGACUGCUCAAAGCUCUUUAGAGGCUUUCAGACAGCAAGUCGCUACCCUUCUCAGUAGCGGCUCACUAACAGUUAUACCCUCUGAGAAAGAUAUUUUGAAGAGAGUCCAAGAAAUAAACUGCAAAGAGGAGAGUGAAGAGAGAGUGGUAUCUCAACUUGAAUCCCAAAUAGCUAAACUGACUGAAACUUUGGAAAAUCAAACCAGAUCAUACCAAGAAGCUCUGGAGAGAAGCAGAAAAUUUGAAAAACAAUCUGAGACUUUCCAAGAUCAGCUGAAACACUUGGAAGAGGAGCUGCUCUCUCUAUAUAUGAUACAAGAUGGUUUGAAGCUUGAGAAACAAAAAUAUAUGAAAUUUCUGGAACAACUUAAUGAAAUGAUGAAGCUGGAUAGCAUUGCAGCAGAGGUUGGAUUUGAUAUGAGUGUGAAUGCAAUUCUGGCUCGGGUAGAGCAAUUAGUCAAACAGGAAGGUGAUGCAGUGAUUGAAAACAAGACUGUGACAUAUAGCCUAAGAAGGAAGUUGAAGACUCAGAAAGAAAGACUUGAAAGCAAGGAGUUGCACAUGAAACUUCUGAGGCAGAAAAUAACCCAGCUGGAAGAAGAGAAACAAGUAAGGACAUCACUAGCUAUGGAGAGGGAUGAGGCCAAUUUCACUGUCAGAAAGCUGCAAAAGAUGAUAGAGAGAUUACAGAAGCAGCUUGAUCUGGCAAGGGAAGCAAAUACUGAUCUCAAAGCCAAGCUGUCUGAAACCAAUGAACUUAAGAUCCAGACUUUAGAGCAGAACAGAACAAUAGAAGAACUGAAUAAGUCCCAAGGCAAAUUGGAAAGAAUGAAAGAAAAAGCUGAGAAACAACUAAAUUCUGUCAAAUCAGAACUUAAUUUAAAGGAACAGCAAGCUACUGAAGAAAAAGAAAAAGCCAAAAAUAUGUUAGAAGUGGUUUCCAGUGAAAUGAAGGUGCUUAAAACAACUCUUGCAGAACUAGCAAAAAGGGAAAGACAGCUGGCAGACUUCCGAGAGGUCAUCUCACGGAUGCUGGGUCUUGAUCUUUCCAGCCUAGCUCUGCCUGAUUAUGAGAUCAUUACACGCCUGGAAGGGCUGAUUCACUUUCAUCAGCACCAUUUUAUCCCCUGUGUCUGUGUCAAAGAUGUAACAAGGACAGAAGAUGAGCACUUGGAUAGAAACAUACAGUUUCUUAAUUGAAACAAACAUUUUUGAGGAAACUAAAGUCAUUUUUUCUUCUUCCCUGUCUAGACCAGCAUAGAAAAUAGGUCUUUAUUUUUGUUCCCUCUUCUACAGAUACUUGGGCUGAUUUUCAGUGUUUCAGUAGAGACUUUGAGCAUAAUGGACAGUGAACAGCCAGCCUAGGGAGAGCAAACACAAAAAUCCCUGGGCAGCAUAAUAUUUCAGACAUGAAAAUGAUGGGCAAUAUGUGAAAAAUGAACAGCUUUCCAAUUCCAGUGCAGAGCCACUGAUGGCAUGAGCCACCUGAGAUCUGUUAACAAUUUGGGCAAAUACUUGCUGGUGAACAUCAGCUUCUGUGAUGUUCCUUGUGCUUUACUUCUUGUGAUGAAAUGAAGUGGGGGCCAUCCAGUUGCUAUUUCUUUUGCAAAAUGGGACUUCUCUGUGCAUUUUUAUGCAUAAGAACUUCAGUUUCAAGUCACCUGGAAAACUGGCUGAGGGCUAUCAGGGUUUUGGAAAAAGGGAUUUUUUUUUCUGUCAUUUUUUCUCUUUAGCCUGCUCUUGAGUAAGAACAAAAAGUUAUGCUUUUUCAGUAAAGGCUCUUUUACAGACUCCAGUCAUAUGCCUGGCAUAGAUAUAUAGUAAAAUUAUCUAUAGUAAAAUUGCAUGUUGCCUUUGAUCAUGACACUUUGAAAGUUUCUUCUACUUGCUGUGUUCCUUGGACAAUUAAUCCAUGAGCCAAAUAAACGUCAGUUCUGACUUAAUACAAAGGUAUUAAGAAUACCCUCAUCCAUUACAGAAAAUAGUUUCUAGUCUUGAUUUUUCAGAAAAGCCCAGUUGAUAUGACCAGAAUUAUCUUUUAAUCAUGAAAGCUGCUUGUCUAAUACCCUUUCUGAUUGUUAAACUUCAUGACUUUAAGACUUUCAAACAAUAAAUAUAUUUUAGUAGUACACUCAAAAAUGAUUCCGUG